AUGUUAAAGUGGACAGCCUCAGCUAGCAAAAUGCCUCAGGAUACCCCGGUAACACAUCGUGUGCCUGCCGCCAGAGUACCUCGCUCCACAGACGCCAAGAGGCGUAAACGCCGCGCCACAAUUGCCAAUAAGGAAAAUAUUCCGAUUUUGACCUCCACACCCAUGGUUAGCCGUACAAGGAAUAGUCCCUUGGUCUUGACCCCAUUGGCGGAUAUUUUGAAUGUUACACCCGAAACUUUGGUUAGCCCCAGUGGUACACCCGUUGAACGUAGAAGGGUUACCUCUGAGGCUGUAACAGCAAAUAGACAACGUAAUCAGAGGAGACACUCCACCUUGGGUCUAACCCUCCCUGCCGCCGAAGUUCCUAAAUAUGCCACCACUUUGCCAAAAUUCGAAGAGGAAUAUUCACCCAAUACCGUGUUCACCGGCCAACAAUUGGCCUUGAGGGGACUCCUACCCGAUCCAUUUAUGGCAAAUCGUCGUUAUUUCACCACACCCCAGGUGGCGGAACAAGAGGUGAAACAAAUUGCCAGCCAAGUGAGCAGCUCUCCUCAAUCGGCCCUGCCACAAAAACGUAAAUUGGAAUUGGAUUUUUUGGCCAUUGCCCAGGAGGAGGAAGAAGAGGAGGUAGCAAUUAUCCCAGUCGGCCGCAAAGAGGAUAUGAAAAAUAAUACCGGCAUCCUAUCCAAUCGCAUGGGUGAUCAAACUUUGGAUAAUCUCAUCGAUGCCAUUUUGGAUUCGGCCCGCAAGGAGGAAAAGAAAAAGAAGCCACGUCGUUCCACCUUCAAUUUGAGAAGGAGAACUUUGAUGAAAAAUCAAGUGGAUACAGUUACCAAUGAUUUGAUACUCUCCCCAUCCUAUGCUGCUGGGGAUGAUCCUUGUAGCGAUCUGAGUUUUUUGGGUGGUGAACAAAAACCUUUCAUACGGCCCAUGACACCUCAACCAGCUUCACCAAUUGUAUUGGCAGCGCCAAUAACCCCCACCCCAGCUACCCCCAAUCCAGGGGUGAACUUCACCGCCUCCCAACUGUUACAGCUACCCACACCUCUGCAGCAGGGCAACAAGCAUCAGGAUUCCUUUAAUUUGGCCACACCCCCAGUGGCAAAUCGCAACCUUAAACGGCGAUCCAAUUCGAAAACCUGUCAAAAUUCCAGUGCCAAAAAAUACAAAGUUGAUUCGAGGAACUAUUUUGAGGUUGGCCUGGCCCUACCCUCCAUUUAUGUUUGA